AUGCAACGCACGGAAUGCAACGUCGAGCUAGGGUUCCUCCGAGCCACACCGUUGAUCGGGCCUGAGCUAUGGAUCAUCGAAAGUUCACCAUCGACCACACACCCGGAAACGAGCCAGACAAGCCUGUGUAUCCAUGAAGAUGAACACAAACUGGUCGCACAUGCGGUGGAGCCGACGCCCUUGGAUUAUGCAAGAGGCUCUGUCUCACCGUCACACGAUCACUGCACCCCUGGCUCCCUGGCUCCCUCAGCUGGAAACAACUCAGCACCGGGUUUGCCGACAUCCCUCGCCAAUGAACAAAAUCGCAGGCCUAGGCGUUGGCACACAAUGCGAAGACGGAAUACCAUGCUUGGAUACAAGUAUCCACAGUCGACACCUCAGAACAGCCAAUGCAAUCAUUUAAACGAGCUGGAGGCUCAGCGAAGACGGCAUUUUGCGCGUACACUCCUUCCACGUCACCUCGUAGCAUCCUGUCGCGUUCCUCGUAAUCUCGCUACGCCGCAGUCGGGGUGUUGGAUCCAAACGAUCUCGGUUUUCGCCGACGUGAGGGAUUUCUGCCAUUGGUCAACAGCAUAG